AUCUGGCAUGAACAUUCUUCUAAAUAUCUUCCUUUGUGUUCAGCAGAACAAAGACAUUCAUACAGGUUUGGAACAACUUGAGGGAGAGUAAAUGUUGACAGAAUUAAAAUUUUUAGGUGAACUAACAAUUGCGGUCAUAGAUUAGCCUAAAUGAGCCUACUGCUAAGUAUUUUGUUAUAUUCUUCUGUUUUGCCUUUAAAAGUAUGUUGUUUGAUUACAUUUCCUAAAUGUAUAGGCUUGUAUAUGGUGGCAUAGGCCUAAUAAAAAACUGUGUGAAGACCAAAAUCUUGCUCACUGCAUUAAAAGUGUAAGGUGAGAAAUAAAGAAUAAUAUAAAGACCCUUAAGUGAGCUGUUAAUAACUUUUUAACUUCUUCAAAUAAGGUAUUUCAUGGACAAAAAGUGUCCAGGGUUCCACAUGACAGGACCUCAACCUACAAUCAGAUAUUUCAUGAGUAUAUAGAAGCUGUUUGCAAUGGAUGUAGCUGUUAUAAGUCAGUACAUGUAAUGAACUAUAUUAGAUUAUGUUCCUGAAAUCCACUCUGAAUCCUCCUUUGCUGGGAUCAGGAUAGGCAGUAUACCCCAAUCCAACUAAAAAGUUUUGAACAGCUCUUUAUAAUAUUCUUGAAUCAAACCUUCGCCCCAGUAAUCGUGCACGUCUCUCUGAGCAUGUUCAUGAGGCAUGAUUUCAGUAUCCUCUAUUCUUGGACUUCUGAUUAAUUCCGUCGCGGUGAUUCAGCGACUUCGGGAAAUGAUCCCACCCAUAAACUGGAGAAGAGAUCCCACCCCUUCCCUAUAUAUUUUGCCGCAUUAGAAACGUUCGAAAACAAGGACUUGCUGAUUAAAUAAGUCGGUCCUGUAAAGUUUUAAAGCUGAUUUAAAUGCAGUAGCUUCGGUGUUUUAGUUUCACUUUCGAUUUGAAGUAAAAUCUAACGGAGCGUCAGAAUGGUGAACUGCGGUCUUGUGACUGAGAAAAAUGAGCCAGUGCCUCUGAAGAGCAUCUCAGUGGAGGUUCGGGUUCAGGAUCAUGUAGCCACAGUCUCCUCCACUCUGCAGUAUGUGAAUGAGGAAGAGCGCCCCCUGGAGGCCUUGUUCGUCUUCCCUCUGCCUGCUGAUGCUGCUGUCUGCCACUUCAGUGCCAAGAUCGGAGAGCAGGAGAUUGUGGCAGAGGUGCAAGAAAGAGAAACUGCAAGGGAUCAGUAUGAUGACGCUGUGAGUUCGGGUUGUCAAGCAUUUCUGUUGGAAGAGAGCGAAGAGAGUCCUGAUGUGUUCAGACUGAGUGUCGGGUGUCUGUCGCCGGGUCAGAACGCUGCCGUCACCAUCAUCUACGUCACCGAGCUCGCUGUGCAGGCCGACCACUCGCUGCGCUUCUGUCUGCCGGCUGUACUCAACCCCCGAUACACACCAGCAGGUUCAGCUGCUGGUAUAGUCUCAGAGAUUUCAUCAGGAUGUGGAUCUGUUCCCUACACGCUGACUCUCAGUGUCCAUGUGAGCUCUCCAAAGCCCAUCUCCAAACUAGAGUCCAGCUGCACUCUGGAUCCUCUAGUGUUCCUCCACUCUGAUCACACUCAGGCGACGGUGAAUCUGAGUCCUGGUCACAUGUUUGAUAAGGACGUUGAGCUGUUUGUGUACUAUCAGGAUACCCAUCAGCCCUCUGCUAUAGUGGAGGCAGGAGUGACCACUGCCCCAUCAGGCUCUCUGAUGAGGGACCCAGUGGUCAUGAUAAGUUUGUACCCAGAGUUCCCAGAGGAAGUGAUGUCAUCACUGGCAACACAAGGAGAGUUUGUUUUAGUGAUUGACAGAUCAGCCAGUAUGGAGUGUAUGAUGCAUAAUGGGACAGGAGCACAGACACGCAUAGAAAGCGCAAAAGACACUCUGCUGUUACUGUUGAAGAGUCUGCCCAUGGGAUGCUACUUCAAUAUCUAUGAAUUUGGCUCUCGCUUUGAGUCCUUCUAUCCUCAGAGUGUCGAAUACAAUCAGGACACAAUGGAUCAGGCUCUGAAGAGAGUGAAGGAAAUGACAGAAGACAUGGGCGGCACAGAGAUUUUACAGCCUCUAAAACACAUCUAUAGUCAGCCCUGUUACCCAGACCACCCCAGACAGCUGUUCAUCUUCACUGAUGGAGAGGUGGAGAACACUAAAGAGGUGCUGGACCUGGUGAAACAUCAUGCUCACUCUCACAGGUGUUUCUCUUUCGGGAUUGGUGAGGGUGCAAGUACCGCCCUCAUCACAGGAAUGGCCAGGGAGGGAUCUGGUCACGCUCAGUUCAUCACAGGCACCGACCGCAUGCAGCCCAAAGUGAUGCAGUCCCUCAGGUUUGCGCUGCAGCCCGCUGUGGUUAAUAUCUCUGUGGAUUGGACCCUUCCAGAUGGCAUUACUGUUGACACACUGUCUCCACCCAUUAAUGUGCUCUUCCAGGGUCAAAGGGCACUCAUUUACACCCAACUUAAAGGAGAGAGAUCAGGAGGCUCUGAGGGAACAGUGACAGUCAAAUACAGUCUUAAAGAUCAACCAGUAACAAACCAGCUCCACUUCUGCCUCAAACCAACUGAGGAAACAGGGUUGUCCAUCCACCAGCUGGCGGCUCGGACCCUGAUCCGUUCUCUGGAGCAGAAGGAAAGGUCUGGUGAUGCAGAUGUUGAGAGCAUCAGGAGCAGGAUAGUGGAGCUCAGUGUUCAGGCAGGAGUGAGCAGUGUUCGUACAGCCUUCAUUGCCAUUAAUAAAGACAGCAGACAGACUGUGAAAGGACCCCUGCUGCAGAGAAGAGUGCCGUGUAAUUGUAUUGGACCACCACGCCGAUUGAAGAAGGGUAUUCCUUUUGUAAUAAUAUGCUUUGCCUGUUGCUUUGCCUGUUGCAUACCUACUGAACCCGAAGUGACUGGACCUGAACAGAAGAUCGGAUUAAUGACAAAGGUUCGGAAUUUCUUCCGCUGUGGUUCUAAGACUGAGGCUGCCCUAACUGCUCAGCCAGACUCUGAAAGCAUGAAUGAAGCUGUGUGUUCAGCUGCUCCUGAUCCCCCAAAGGACCUGUUACUCCAGCUGGUUUCUCUCCAGAAGGCGUCAGGCUGCUGGGAGCUGGACGCCACACUGGCUGAUGUGUUUGGGAAGACGGAGGAUGAGCUGACCAAUCAGAAACCAGCACAGGUGGAUGGGUCAGUAUGGGCCACUCUCCUGGCUCUGAUCUGGUUAUACGGCUGUAAAAUAGAGCAGCAGGUCGAGUGGCAGUUUGUGGCCAUGAAGGCAGCGUCAUGGAUCGGCUCUCAGAAAGUGGGCGAUCUGUCUCAGUGUGUGUGUGUGGGUAAUGUCCUGCUCGGAUGUCAGGUGACCCAAGAGACUCUGGGAAUCUGAAGAUGUCAGAAGACCAAAGAACAGUUACCGUCACAUUUACUGUUACUAAUGCUGCUUCGUUUUUCAUUAACAUUUUGUCCAUUUAACUAUCUCACCAAAUUAUAAAUAAACUCAGUAUGUUUUUCAUGCUUGUUAAACAAUUAUUGCGCAUGCUGUGGAACAGCCUUUAAGACGCUAACAGUUUACAGGCGGUAGACAAUUAAAAUCACAGUUCCAAUAACUUAGGACACUAAAGAGACCUUUCUACUAACUCUAAAACACACCAGGAGAACGAUGGCCAAUGUCCUGAUCGCAUGUGUGAAUGUGCCAUAGUCCUUCUGCAGGAGGCUUGAGGACUGCAGAUGUGAACAGAGCAAUAAACUGCAAUACCUGUAAUUUAAGACGCCUGAGACAGUGCUACUUUUGAUAUUGACCCAGAGACUCAUUAUUCCAUUUCUGUUCAUCAAAUAUCUUUUGAAUUUAUUCAGUUUACAUCUCUGUUUUAUGUUCAUACAAAUAUUUAUACAUGCUCAGAAUUUUGUUGGAAAAAAGCAGUUGAAAGUGAGAGGAUGUUUCUUUUUUGCUGAGUAUAUGUGUGACCUGUGCCAUAUUUUUGAGCCACUUUGACCUUAGAAACACAUUUUGAGUUUUAUACCAAAAAACAAAGUCUCAGGUUUAAAAUAUUUUAAAUCAGAUUAAAAAACUGUUGAACAAAA